GGGUGGGGGUGGGGGCCUUCUACAGUUCCAGGGGCGGAGCUGGGUCUGUGGGCUCAGGCCCAACACAUAACUGCAAGCGGCUGCAGUCCGGGGGGCCCCAGACAGCCGGCUUCUCUGAACUGAGCUGACAGUAUGAAGGCCCUCACAGCCCUGCUGCUGCUGCCACUGCUGCUGCUGCUGCUCUCCACGCCUCCCUGCGCCCCGCAGGCCUCCGGGAUCCGGGGAGAUGCUCUGGAGAAGUCCUGUCUUCAGCAGCCCCUGGACUGUGAUGACAUCUACGCCCAGGGCUAUCAGUCAGAUGGCGUGUACCUCAUCUACCCCUCCGGCCCCAGCGUACCAGUGCCUGUCUUCUGUGACAUGACAACCGAGGGUGGCAAGUGGACGGUUUUCCAGAAAAGAUUCAACGGCUCAGUGAGUUUCUUCCGGGGCUGGAACGACUACAAGCUGGGCUUUGGCCGUGCUGACGGGGAGUACUGGCUGGGGCUGCAGAACCUGCACCUUCUGACGCUGAAGCAGAAGUAUGAGCUGCGCGUGGACCUGGAGGACUUUGAGAACAACACAGCCUACGCCAAGUAUGUUGACUUCUCCAUCUCCCCCAACGCCGUCAGCGCUGAGGAGGACGGCUACACGCUCUACGUGGCCGGCUUUGAGGACGGUGGGGCAGGUGACUCGCUGUCCUACCACAGUGGCCAGAAGUUCUCCACCUUCGACAGAGACCAGGACCUCUUCGUGCAGAACUGUGCAGCCCUCUCCUCAGGGGCCUUCUGGUUCCGAAGCUGCCACUUCGCCAAUCUCAACGGUUUCUACCUGGGCGGUUCUCACCUCUCCUAUGCCAACGGCAUCAACUGGGCUCAGUGGAAAGGCUUCUACUACUCCCUCAAGCGCACGGAGAUGAAAAUUCGCCGUACCUGAGGGGCUGGCCCAGACACGCCCUGUCUCUCCCCAAGUCCCCAUGCUCUCCCCCACAGUACCUGAGCACCAGCAAUGCCCUGGCAAAUCCCCAUCCCAUAUCCAGGUAGGCCCUGCUGCCGUCCUUCUGACGCUAGGCUGUCUGCAGCCUUCUAAGGCCUUUCUGUGGCACAGCCAUCCUAGCCUGGAUCUGGCUGAAAGCCAUAAAAACUCCAAGUUGCUUCUGCCCUCUCAUGACGGCCGAAAGCCAGAAGCGACCGUCUGGCUGCCGGCCUUUGCGUUCCACCUCGGCCCAUUUCCUUACUGCAGACCCACCUGUUCGGGCUAUCCUUGACAGAGUAACGCGGCACCUAAGGCAUGUGCCAGCCAGCUCGUGCAUGGCCACUGUCACACCCCAGCACUCCCAAAGCUCGCUUCGGAAUACUUCCCACCCUUGGUCUCCACCUCAGCUUACUCCUUAUAGUAAGCACCACGGAGCACAACCCCACCUGCUGUCACUCAUCCCUCAACGUUCAAUGCCAAAACAACCUUCACCACAGCUGCUGCUCAUCAGCUCCGCAGCAGCGAAGGGCAAGAGAGGCAUGUUAACUAGGCCCCCAACCCCCCAGGGAUUGUCAUGAAAGGCAGCAGAGAACAAUCCGUGGGGCCAGAGGUGGUAUCAAUAAACCUUCAGGAUCUGA